AUGAAAUAAACAACACUUUAAAGGUUCUUAACAUCUUCAUAGAAAAAGAAUGAUACUACAAACUUAAAUAAUAAUAAAGUGUCAAAUGUUAAUAGUUUAGUAGAAGAAAAAAAGAUUGAAAUCUAAUAUAUAAAGCCAGCCACUUCUAUAAAAAAGGAAGAAGAAAUUAAAGUAAUUAAAGAACAAUAAAUUGAAAAUUCACAAGAUAAGCCAUAAUAAUUAAGCAGAUUAAAAAGAAAUAAUAUAGUAGAUAGUGAUGAAGAAUAAGUAAAAAAAGAAUUUGAUUAAGAUGAGUUAAAAAUUGAAAAAUUUUCUUUUGUAGGGUCUUAGGAAAAGAAUAAGGAGAAAAAAUCAUUAGCUGUUUUUAUAAAAUAAGAUAAUACAAAAAAUAAUACUAAAUCAUAAUAAAAACAAAAAAAAUCAGAAUAUGAUAAAUCCGGCAAAAAUUUAAAAUAAUCUACAAAAUUAGAAGAAGAGGAAUUUGAUAAUUCUUAAGAAAAUAAAUAAGGAAAUAUAGAUUUUAAACAUCCAUCAGAUAAAAUUAAUGUUUAUGAAGAAUUUGAUGAUGUUACUCCAAAAUGGGCAGCUAUUGGUUCAUCAAGAGAUAAAAGUGGUAAAUUACAUGGAACUUAGGAUGCAGAUCCAACUACACUUUUAAUACCUUAAAAUGAAUUCAAUAAAUUAACUAAAUGUAUGCAAUAAUUUUGGAAAUAUAAGAGUGAGAAUUUUGAUAAGAUUAUAUUUUUUAAAUUAGGAAAAUUCUAUGAAUUGUUUUAUGAAGAUGCUUAUAUAGGAAAUAAAUAUUUAGAUUUAAAUUGGAUGGGAAGAAAAAUGUAAUUAAAUUUAUUAUUAUUAUAUUAGGCAUACAGGAUUUCCAGAAAGAGCAGUCCAUAAAUAUAAAGCUCUUUUAUUAGAAUAUGGAUACAAGGUAGCAAUAGUAGAUUAAAUAGAAACACCAGAGUAAAUGAAUUAAAGAAUAGCUUAAAAUAAGAAAAGUGGAACAGGAAACACUGAUAAAAUAGUUUAAAGAUAAAUAAGUGAAAUAUUGACAAAAGGAACAUAUUUAUAUGAAGAAGGAGAAUCAUAAUUGAAUCUUGAUGAAAAGGUUUUACUUGUUAUAAGAAAGAAAAUCUUAUCAAAUACAAUAGAAGAAUAUGGAAUAGCUAUUUUUGAAAGAUAAACAAAUAAAAUAUCACUUGCAUUUAUUGAAAAUAGAGAUAAAAAUUAUGAAUCUCUUAAGACUUUAUUACUUCAUAUGAGACCAGUAGAAACAGUUAUUGAUUAACAUAAUCUACCUCCAACUGAUCCAAUAACCAAAAUGAUAUCUGGAUCUGUUAUUAAAAGUGUUAUUUCACAUCUAACAGCAUCUAAAGAUAAUUGGGAUGAAAAAAAAGCAUUAUUUAGACUUGAAUAAUAUUAUUAAAAUGGAUUUCCUCCAGCUAUUAAAUUUUAUCAAAAUAAUUAAGUUGUUCUAUAAGCUUUAAAUGGAUUAUUUACUUAUUUAAAUUAAAUCUUAAUAUUAGAUCGAGUUUUGGGAUGUGCUAAAUUCAAAUUAUAUGAUGAAGAAUUUUCAUUAUAAUAAUGUAUGAUAUUAGAUAGUUAAGCAAUUGUAUAAUAUUUUUACUUAUUUAUUUUAGUAUCAUUUAGAAAUUUUGUAAACAACUACUUUAGUAGACAAAAAAGAUUAUUCUUUAUUUGGUGUGAUAAAUAAAACUGUUACUCCUGGUGGACAUCGAUUACUAAGAAGGUGGGUUUGUGCACCUCUUUAUUAAGUUGAUUAAAUUAGAGAAAGAUAAACUAUGGUAAGUGAUAUUAGUCAAUUUAGAAAAGAAAGAGAUUUAUUUAGAUAGAGUAUUAAAUAAUUUCCAGAUUUUGAAAGAAGAUGUAGUAGAAUUUAUGAAUACUCAAUUAAAUCUGAAAGUAAAGCUGUAUUUUAUGAAAACUUAUCUGAAUAAAGGUUAAAAGAAUUUAAGAUUCUUACUAAAAUGUUGAGACUUGCUUAGGAAGAAAUAAUAUUAUUUGGUUAAUUGAAUAUCAAUUUUAAAAGUGAAAGAUUAAAAAAAAUGAUGACUUUUGAAGCUAAUGGAGGUUUAUUACCUAAUGUUUAAGAAUAAUUAGAUGAAUUUGAAUAAUAUAUUAUAUGGGAAAAGGAAAAAGAUAAAGAAAUCCCUAAACCAGUUACAGGAGUCUUAGAAAGUUAUGAUCAAUCACUUGCUGAAGUUGAAUUAGUUUAAUAGAAACUUGAUGAUCUUCUCUAAAAAAUUAAAUAAAAAUUAUUUAAGAAUAAUAGUAACAUUCAAUAUGUACAUACAAAAUUUAGAUAUGAAAUAGAAAUUCCAGAUGAAUUAGUAGAAAAGUCAAAACCUGAUGAUUUUGAAUUCACUUCUUCAAGAUAAGGUUAUAAAAGAUAUAUUACUAAGGAAAUUAAGGAUUUAGUUACUGAAUUAGAAUAAGCAGAGGAAUUAAAAAAAUAAUAAUUAAAUGCUUUUGGUAAUUUCAUAUUCAAGCAUUUUUAAUCUAAUCAAUAUGUUUGGGAUUCUCUUAUUAAAAUAUUAAAUGAAUUAGAUGCAUUAUGUUCUUUAAGUGUAUUUGGAGAUACAUCUGAUGGAAAAAUGACUAUGCCAAUAUUUACAACAGACAAAAUUAAAUUAGUUAUUAAAGAAGGAAAACAUCCAUGUUUAACCAAUAUAAAUUUUGUUUCUAAUUCAAUAGAUAUGGGGGAAAAGCUUAGUAAAUUUUAAUUAUUGACUGGUCCUAAUAUGGGAGGUAAAAGCACAACUCUAAGAAUGGUUUGUAUUCUUGCAAUCUUAGCUUAACUUGGAUGUUCAGUUCCAUGUGAAGAAAUGGAACUCUCUCCAAUAGAUAGGAUAUUUACUAGAAUAGGAGCCAAAGAUUAUUUAAUGGAAGGAAAAUCAACAUUUUAUGUAGAAUUAGAAGAAACAUUAUUACCAUUAAAAUAUGGAACAAAAAAUUCUUUAUUUAUCACUGAUGAAUUAGGAAGAGGAACUUCUACAUAUGAUGGUGUAGCUAUAGCCUCUGCAGUUAUGCAUUAUCUUAUUAAGAAAAUAUAAUGUAGAGUGCUUUUUGCAACUCAUUUCAGAAUUCUAGUUGAAGAGGCAAAAUUAAUUAGUGAAGUAACAAAUGUUCAUAUGGCUUGUUAUAUUUAAAAUGGAAAAGUUAUAUUUCUUUAUAGAUUAAAGGAAGGAGCAUGUGAAGCUUCUUUUGGAAUUAAUGUAGCUAAAGUUGUAGGAAUAGAGAAUUCUAUUAUAACUAAGGCUGAAGAUAUGGCAAAUUUUUUUGAAAAUAAAGUGUAAAAGAACACAGAACAAACUCUACAAAAAUUUAAUUAAAUCUUAAAAGAAUAUGGGAUUAUUUGA